AAUUAUCCAAAAUCAAAAACAGAAUAUACUGAUGCAUAAACAGCUUUGGUUCUUGAAUUCUUGGCGGUAAUAUCACCAUGACUGCUGCCACUACAGCCAUUAGUAGCAACAGCUUGAGCAACAGUCCUAACCAUUACCAGUGGUGCAGUCAGACAUCUUGGAGAUCAAUCUCGUUACCGAUUCCAAAACCCAGUUGCCAGAACUUGACAAUCGCCGCCAGGAACCGCUCAUCCUCACUGAUUCCUAGAGCCACCGGGGAUUCCUCGCCGGAGCCGGAAAAUGGAGGAAGCAAGAAAAUUAAGACCAAGACAAAAACAACAGCUGGCAGUACUAGUUCUGAUGAGAAGAGUGAGGUUGUUAGUGAGGUGCUGACAGAGAAAGAGCAGAAGCAGAAGCAGCAGAGGAGGCUGGAGCUGGAGGACGUGAACCCAGUUGGGCUGGGAAGGAGAUCACGUCAGCUUUUUGAUGAAGUGUGGCGCAAGUUUUCUGGACUUGGGCAGAUCUCUAGGACUAGCUUACCGGAUGAGAGAGACGCCCUUGAUGCUCUUCUCAUUAGGGAAGGUCCCAUGUGUGAGUUUGUCAUUCCCGGAGCUCAGAACACCACCGUUUUGGUCGUUGGAGCUACGUCUAAGAUUGGCCGGAUAGUUGUCCGGAAGCUUAUGCUCAGAGGCUACACUGUUAAGGCUCUGGUGAGGAAGGCGGAUGAGGAAGUGGUGGAGAUGUUGCCGAGGUCGGUAGAGAUUGUGAUUGGAGAUGUGGGUGAGCCGGAUAGUUUAAGAGCCGCGGUACAGGGCUGCAACAAGAUCAUAUACUGCGCUACCGCACGGUCUACUAUUAGUGGAGACCUGUAUAGGGUUGAUAAUAGAGGAGUCUACAACCUCACCAAAGCAUUUCAGGAUUAUAACAACAAACUUGCACAAUUACGAGCAGGAAAAAGUAGCAAGAGCAAGCUUACGCUGGCUAAAUUCAAGAAUCCAGAGUCGGUAAAUGGAUGGGAAGUUUAUAAGGGGACUUAUUUCCAGGAUGUGGUUGCUUCCAAGUAUGAUGGAGGCAUGGAUGCUAAAUUUGAAUUCACUUUUACUGGAGAUGCGGUUUUCUCAGGAUAUGUUUUCACUAGGGGAGGGUAUGUUGAAAUGUCAACAAAGCUUUCACUUCCUUUGGGCUGCACUCUUGACAGGUAUGAAGGUCUAGUUCUUUCUGUUGGGGGGAAUGGAAGGGCUUAUAUAUUAAUUCUUGAAGCCGGCCCUUCAGCAGAUACAUCUCAAAGUAAACUAUAUUUUGCAAGAUUUAACACAAAAGCAGGAUUUUGUAGGGUCAGGGUACCAUUUUCAUCCUUCAGACCGGUGAAACCAGAUGAUCCGCCAUUGGAUCCGUUCCUUGUACAUACAUUAACUAUACGUUUUGAACCCAGAAGACAGAAAGCUGUUGAAGCACGUCCGGGAGAUCAGAAGCAAGACCCCAGAAGCUUUAAGCUUAUACUGGAGUACAUUAAAGCUUUACCUGCUGGUCAAGAAACUGACUUCAUUCUAGUUUCAUGUACGGGAUCAGGAAUAGAACCUAAUAGAAGGGAGCAAGUUCUUAAAGCCAAGAGGGCUGGGGAAGAUUCAUUGCGAAGAUCAGGGGUUGGAUACACAAUUAUUCGACCUGGUCCUCUGAAGGAAGAACCUGGCGGACAACGUGCUCUCAUAUUUGAUCAGGGAAACAGGAUUUCUCAGGGGAUCAGCUGUGCUGAUGUAGCUGAUAUCUGUGUGAAGGCAUUGCAUGAUUCAACUGCAAGGAACAAAAGCUUUGAUGUCUGUUAUGAAUAUGUGGCUGAUCAAGGGAAGGAACUCUAUGAGCUGGUUGCACAUUUGCCAGACAAAGCAAAUAAUUAUCUGACACCAGCACUAUCGGCUCUAGAGAAGAACACCUGAGCAUCCCCAGCAUUGUCGAUCUAUAUUCAUAAGAAGAGGAUACAAUUAUAAAGAUACAUAUAGAGCUACAUAUGAUCUGGUCUGGAUGAUCAACGUACCUGAUCAUCCUAUAGCUCAUGUCAACUUAUUCUUGCUGUAAAUUCAUGUGUAGAUGCCUGAAGGGUAUGCAUUUUUCAACGUUAUGAAUCUGGUCAAAGUGUAAAUAUCAAGCACUACAAUUACAUGCUUACAAGGCUUUGUUUCUGCUUGAGAGUGACAACACCAAGAUAAGCAGAACUGCAGUCUCUUUAACUUCAUUCCUGAAAAAGUUACAUUCUUAUG